GAUGUCAUCUCAGAAAAUGCGAACAGCGCAAAUCGUAGAGUACAACAAACCCUAUCAGCUUUGCGAGCGACCAACUCCUGUAUGCGGCGACAAUGAUCUUCUCAUUCAAGUACACGCAGCUGGCUUCUGUCAUUCCGACCUACAAGUUCUCCAUGGCCAAUUCCCAGCGCAUCUGCCCUUGACACCGUCCCAUGAACCGGCUGGCAAGAUUGUUCAAAUCGGAGCUCAAGUUCAGGGUUCUUGGAAAGUGGGCGACCGCGUUGGCGUUCUAAACUUCAAAAACUCCUGCAAAUCCUGCGUUGGAUGUCGACAGCAAUUGCGGAGGCGCCAUCGCACGGAUCCACGAUUCUGCCAGAGUCGUGAAAUGGCGGGUUUCAAACAUGAUGGCGCUUUUGCGCAAUACAUGCUGGCUGAUCCGGACACGACGGUUCAUUUGCCAGAAAAGGUGUCUUUUGAACAAGGCGCGCCUCUCAUGUGUGCGGGUGCAACCGUCUGGGGCGCAUUGCAAAAGCUGAAGCCAGAUGUUCAACCUGGAGAGGCUGUUGCAAUUGUUGGUAUCGGCGGUCUCGGCCAAUUAGGAGUACAAUUCGCGAAAGCAAUGAAUUUUAGGACUGUGGCUAUUGACAACCGCGACGAAGGGCGAAAACUCUCAAUGGAAGUCUCCGAAAAGUUGAAACCAGACUUAGUUGUCGACUCAUCAGCUCCAGAUGCCAGCGACAAGAUCCUUGAAUUCACUUCAGGCGAGGGACUCGCAGGUAUUGUGGUUUGCACAGAUUCUAUUCAGGCGAAUGCAUGGAGCUUGGAGCAACUCGGUAAUGGAGGCGUCAUGGUUCCAGUCGGACUGCCGAAGGAAAAGUGGCAAUUUGAUUCCAGCGCAUUGGUUUUUCGCGAACUAGUGAUCAAGGGAGUCUAUGUUGCUGGCACAGAAGAUGUUCAGGAGAUGCUCAAAGUUGUGGCCGAACAUGAUAUAACCUCGCACAUUACGAUGCUAGAGUUCGAUGACAUUCCCGGUAUCGUGGAAAAGUACACAGACAAGGCGAUGAAGGGAAGAUUGGUCGUGAAAAUUGCCUGA